AAAGUAAUGGUAACUCAGUUUUUGUGAGUUCUCUGUGUGUUUAAGUGUUCAGAGUGAUAUACAGUCUGCUCCAUUUAUUCAGAAACUACAUUGUGAAACCUGACUAGUCUUAGUUGGGCACUUUUGCUCAUAUAGCAGCUCACAGAAGUAUCAGGUAACAAUGCCACCAUUACGAGAUGACCCAGUCCUUCAUCACCGAGAAAUACCAACCAACAAUGUGUCUGCGCAAUUACCAGAAAAACAGAAAAAAAGAAAUGGUUACUUUGAACAAGAUUUAGUACUACCAAAUGUUAGUGUAUAUAUUAUUCUGCACGCAUUAACAAUUUAUGGAUUUUAUAGAAUAACUACUACUGAAGUUAAGGGGUCAGCCAUAUUAUUCAGUACUUUUAUUGGCAUGUUGGCAAUAUUAGGGGUCACAGCUGGAGCCCAUCGUCUUUGGGCUCAUAGAACUUACAAAGCAAAACUGCCAUUACGAGUAUUUUUAAUGUUGUUGCAGACAGCGGCCCUUCAGAAUGAUCUUUUCAUUUGGGUUAGAGAUCACAGAAUGCACCACAAAUAUACAGACACCAAUGCUGAUCCUCACAACUCGAACAGAGGAUUCUUCUUUUGUCAUGUUGGAUGGCUAUUAAUGAAAAAACACCCGGACGUCAUAAACAAAGGAAAGAAUAUUGACAUGAGCGAUGUUGCAAAUGACCCUGUAGUGAAAUUUCAGAGAAAAUAUUACACACUUCUGAUAUUAGCUUUGACGUUCAUUUUACCUACAAUAGCCAUGGUCCAUUUCUUUCAUGAAACGACUGUAAAUGCUCUCUUAAUUUGUAUUGGAAAAUUAGUCCUCACUCUAAAUGGAACUUGGUGCGUCAACAGUUUUGCACAUAUGUAUGGAUGGAGGCCCUUUGACAGCUCCAUCAAUCCAGUUGAAAAUCUUACUGUUUCAAUAGUAGGCUUAGGAGAAGGCUGGCACAACUAUCAUCAUACCUUCCCAUGGGAUUACAAAGCUGCCGAACUUGGAAAUUACCGAGCUAACUUAACAACUGGCUUCUUGGAUCUCAUGGCUUAUUUAGGACAAGCAUACGAUCUCAAAACAGUAUCGCCGGAGAUGAUCAAGAAACGAGCUGCACGAACAGGGGAUGGAUCAUACAAUUUCGAUAAAGUGCCCUUAGAGAAUGGUAAUGCAAAAGAACACCACAACUUCCAUGAGGACUGUGUAUGGGGUUGGGAUGACAAAGAUAUGAAAGAAGAGUUUAAAAAAGCUACUAUUCAAUAUUAAGUAAAAAGUCUAGCGUAAGAGACGACUAUUUUCGUAAGAGAAUAAAAUUAUUUCUGUCCUUGUUUUAAAAAAUUAUAAAAAACACUGAGAACCGUCUAUUUUUAUGUAUAAAUGUGCGCUUUUUAAACAUAAAUUUAAAUGUACAGGGUUAUUCACGCAAGUCUAGCAUAGUCCAUAACCUUUAUUUUUAAUGGAACACCCUAUAAAGUUUUAUAUUUUUAAAAGCUGAUGAACAACCUGAUUUCAAUUAACUAUAUCAUGUAUAAUGUAUUAUGAAUAAUACAGGGUAAAAUUUUGAAAUUAUUAUAAGUAUUGAAACCACUUAUGGAAUACAAUUUUUGUGUCUUUAUUAAAAAAAAAUAUAUAUAUAAAAGACGCUAGGAUACGUCAAUAUUUAAAUUCAAACGGGCGCUUUAUAAACAUCAAUUUACAUAUACAAGGUGAUUCACGCAAGGCUAACAUAGUCCAUGAUCUUUAAUUUUAAUGAAAUACCCUGUGUAGUUUUGUGUUUUUAGAAGCUCAUCUCAGUGUAUUAUGUAGGGUCUAUUAUGGAUAAUACGAGGUGAAAUUUUGCAAUUAUAUAUAAGUUUCGUCAAAACGUUCAAAACAAAAUUUUGAAAUUAAUAAUUUAUCACACUUUAAAUAAGGGUAUUAUUUUUUUUUAAAUAAGCUAAACAACUAUAUUAAAUUUCUAACCCAAGUAUCAGUAUAUCGGUGGUUUCUAUUUAAUAUCUUGACGAAAUUUAUUAAUAAUUUCAAAAUAGUACCUUGUAUAUUCAUAAUACAGUUUGUUAAGAUCCGGUUAUUAAGGAGGUUUUAAAAAGAUAACAACAGGGUGUUUCAUCAAAAAUAAAGAGAAUGGACCAUGUAAGACUUGCGUGAAUCACCCUGUACAUUUAUAUUUAUGUUUAAAAAGAGCACAUUUAAAUUUAAACGUUGACAAGUACCAGUGUUUUUUUAUUAUUUUUUAAAAUAACAGACAAAAAGUUUUAUUCCAUAAAUAGUUUUCACACUUUAUAAUUUUCAUUCGGUAUUAUUCAUAAUACACCGUAAAUGAUAUUAGUUCAUUGAAAUCAGGUUGUUCAGCAGCUUUUAAAAAUUUCUAAGAUAUAUAGGGUGUUCCAUUAAAAAUAAAGCUUAUGCACUAUACUAUGCUUGCGUGAAUUACCCUGUACAUUCAAAUUUUUGUUUAAAAGCGCACAUUUAUAUAUAAAUUCAAUGGGUUUUGUGUUUUUUUAAAAUUUUUAAAACAAGGACAGAAAUAAAUUUUAUUCCGUAAGUGCCUUUUACAUGCACUGUACAUAAUAAUAUAUUUAUGUUUGUACAUUAAAAACUUUGUUGUAUAUAUUUAUAUUCUUGUAAAAUUGUAUAAUGUAUUUAUAAAAAUGUAUAAAUAGAAAAUAUAUUGCA